AUAUCUUCGAGUUCUGAUGAUAUUGAGAAACAAGAGCUUGACGAAUUGUCUUGUGACGAUGAAACCUUCCUCUAUGACAAAAAAAAAUAUUAUCCUGAACUCGUGUUAGUUCUCGAUCUUUAAGAGGGGCAGCUGAUCAAGCAGAUAAUCAGAAAGAAACUGAUCGAUACUGUGGAAAAGAUGUGUGCUGUUAAAGAAAAUUCUGAUUCCAGAUAUCUCCAAAUCGAAAGGCGAAAAAAGCUCCCUGAUCCAGUUCUAAAAGAGAAAAGGGUUAGCCUUUGGUCUGUGAUCAAAGACAGUGUGGGAAAGGAUCUCACACAAGUUUGUCUUCCUGUUUACUUUAAUGAACCAAUAUCAUCCCUUCAGAAAUGUUUUGAGGACCUAGAAUAUUCGAAACUUUUGGACCAAGCUUACAAGUAUGGAAAAGAAGGGAACAUUCUCCAGCGAAUUGUUAAUGUAGCUGCAUUUGCUGUUUCUGGCUAUUCUUCGACUGAAGGCCGGGAUUGUAAGCCUUUCAAUCCUUUACUAGGUGAAACUUAUGAAGCAGACUAUCCCGAAAGAGGCGUUCGUUUUUUCUCCGAGAAGGUUAGUCACCAUCCAACCCUAAUUGCCUUUCAUUGUGAAGGCAAAGGGUGGAAAAUCUGGGGUGAGAGUGACCUCCGUGCAAAGUUUUCAGGGCGGUCAAUCCAGCUCAACCCUGUUGGAGUUAUAACACUGGAGUUUGAUGACGGUGAAAUAUUUCAGUGGAGCAAGGUAACUACUAAUAUUUAUAAUCUUAUCCUUGGUAAAGUGUAUUGUGAUCACCAUGGAUUGAUGCACAUUCGCGGGAAUCGCCAAUAUUCAUGCAAACUUAUAUUCAAAGAGCAAUCUAUUCUUGAGCGGAACAGUCGCCAGGUCCACGGUUUUGUUGAAGACCUUUCGGGUAAUAAGGUUGCUACAUUAUUUGGCAAAUGGGAUGCCAGCAUGUAUUAUAUCAAUGGUCACGAGAGUGGCAAGACAAAGGACUUCAGUCCUUCAAAUGCCUCCUUGCUAUGGAAAAAGAAUGAGCCACCUCCUACUCCAACUCGCUACAACUUAACAUCAUUUGCAAUCACAAUAAAUGAGCUAAUGCCUGAACUGCAGGAGAAGCUCCCACCUACGGAUUCUAGGCUUAGACCAGACCAACGUCAUUUGGAGAAUGGGGAAUUUGAUAAAGCAAAUACAGAGAAACAACGGUUGGAAAAGAGGCAAAGAAUGUCGAGAAAAAUGCAAGAUGAUGGCUGGAAACCUAGAUGGUUCCUGAAAGAUGGUAAUGGACCCUUCUACUAUGUGGGUGGUUAUUGGGAAGCAAGAGAACUGGGGAACUGGGAUGGAUGUCCAAAUAUAUUCAGUGAAGAACCUGUCGAUUCCUCUGAAUGAUAUCGACUUCAAUUUUGGGCAAGAUCAUUGGUGGAAAUGGCUUCUUGUCAUGCCGCUUUGAACAUACUCGCGUCCGAAUCCAUGUAACAUAGACUAACAUAUAUAUCUUCUAGCUGCCUUUUUUCGAUUCAUUCAUUUGUUUUGUCUUUUAGACCCGACUAUGCAUACAUUUGCUGAUCAUGUAGAAUGCACAGACAUUAAGAGGGAUAAUCAUGGAGCAAAUCCAGACACGAGUUCCUUCGAUUCCCUGUUUACCACUCUAUCUGUUUGCAAACACCGCAAAGCGAUAUUCAGUUGCGAGUCGCAACCAAAUAAGGUCAGUGCCUUCUGUAACACUCUCUUUUGUUCAAUUUUUUCAUGUAAUAUUAAAUCGUCAUACUUCAUUUAUUCUAAGCUCCUUCAAUUGAGUAAGCCAAUGGGUUGGACAUUUCAUUUGAUAAUGA